AUGCGCGCAACACCGGGUUGUGUGGCCUUGAUUGCCUUGGCAGCGGACAUUGCUGGCGCGGUCCCUGUUAACAAGCCUCGAUGGCAACAACCAGCACACGACGACCCCUACUACAUCUCCCUGGGGCCUCGCCCUUACUACCUCAUCCAGAACAUGACCGACGGCCCCCUCAAGCAGAAGCUCGAAUCCUGUUACAACGGACCCUUUGAAGUCACGACCUGGAGCAUCGGCCAUCGAGGCGGCGGCACCCUGCAGAUUCCGGAAGAGUCUGUCGAAUCCACCAUGGCUGGUGCCCGUAUGGGCGCCGGGAUCCUCGAAUGCGACGUGUCUUUCACGGCGGAUCUGGGGCUGGUCUGCAGACACUCGCUGUGCGACCUGCACACGACGACCGACAUCUUGCUCCGGCCGGAGCUCGCGGCAAAGUGCACGGUACCGUUCACACCGGCGAACGAGACGGCCGACGCCAACGCGCUUUGUUGCACCAGCGACAUCACCAUGGCCGAGUACACGACGCUCUGCAGCAAGAUGGACGGCUUCAACGCCUCGGCCGCCACUCCGGAGGACUACCAGCACGGCACGCCGGCGUUCCGAACCGACCUGUACAACAACUGCGCGCAGGUGAUGACGCUCGAAAGCUACAUUGACCUUGUGGACUCGCUGCCGGGGUUCCGCAACUUCACGCCCGAGCUGAAGACGCCGCCGUCACAAGUGCCGAUGCCGUUCCACGGCUACACGCAGGCGCAGUACGCGCGGGACAUGAUCGACAUGUUCAUCAAGAAGGGCAUUGCGCACGAGCGCGUGUGGCCGCAGUCGUUCAACCCGGCCGACAUCUACCUGUGGCUGAACGAGUACCCGGCGUGGGGGGCGCAGGCGGUGUUUUUGGACGAGGACGGCGACGUGGCGUCCAACUUCACCACGGCGGUCAACCGACUGCCCGCGCUCAAGGCCAGCGGCGUAAACAUUAUCGCGCCCCCAUACUCAUACCUCCUUUCUCGUGGAGGGCCCAACAACGACACCAUCGUGCCGUCCAUCUACGCCACCACGGCCAUGGAAGCCGGCCUGGACAUCAUCGCGUGGUCCUUUGAGCGCUCGGGCCCUCUGUCCAAAGUCCGCGCCAACGGCGACUACUACUGGUCCUCGAUCGCGGACAUCAUUUCCUACGAUGGCCAAGAGUACGAGGCCCUCGACGUCCUGGGCCGCCAGAUCGGCGUCAAGGCCAUGUUCUCCGACUGGUCCGCCACCGUCACCUACUAUGCCAACUGCAUGGGGCUGAAGGGGCCGGGCCAUUAUUGA